AUGGCACCGGUAAUAGACAACUCGGCCAUCCCAGGCACAGUGACGUUAGUCGAUGUGCAGCAUGUGCUACACACCCAGCAUCUAGAGAGUGGAGACAGGGACAUUGUGCUGAUCCCCACCCCCUCUGCUCAUCCAGAUGACCCACUGAACUGGAGCCCACGGAGGAAGUUGAUGUCGACAGUCUCCGUUAGCGUCUACACAUUAUUCGCCGGUAUCGCUUGCUCGGUAGUUUAUUCAGUCCUCACGCAACUGUCCGAAGAGACCGGCCUAUCAGUCGAUACCCUGAAUGAAGGAACCGGAUAUUUGUUCUUGUUAGCAGGAUGGGGCUUGCUAUUCUGGCAGCCCUUUGCAAUGCAAUAUGGAAAGCGAUUGACAUAUAUACUGUCAUUGGCGGGGAUUUUGGGUACAACCAUGUGGGGACCCUACGCCAAAACCUAUGGCCAGUGGAUCGCUCGCUGCGUUCUUCAAGGCUUUUUCACUGCUCCCAUUGAAGCUCUUCCAGAAAUCACAGUCACCGAUGUGUAUUUUACACACGAGCGAGGAACAUACAUGGGUUUAUAUGCCUUCUUCUUGGCUGGCAGUAAUUACUUCGCCCCCGUCAUCUGCGGUUUCAUUGCCCAGUACCAGGGAUGGCAAUGGGUCUUCUACUGGCCUAGCAUCUUUUGUGGAUGCGCCAUGAUUUUCCUGUUUUUCUUCAUGGAGGAGACGAACUAUGUUCGCGAAGAUAGCCUUCAAGAUGCCACCGUCGCCAAUGUGCGGGUGGGCUCUUCCCACAGCUCCCACAGCUCGGAUCCCGAAAAGGCCCCCGUUGAUCAAUCUGUCCCGGCUACAGAGACGGAAAAUGGUGCAGUCUAUUCCAAGAAGACUUACUGGCAACAGUUGUCUCUUUUGGGUCCCAAACAGAAGCAUAAUACUAUGUUCCGACGACUUUGGCAGAGUUUGUACUUCUUGUCAUGGCCGGUUAUUUUCUAUGCUGGAUUUUCCUAUGGAUCAUACCUGGUAUUGUUUAAUAUUCUUAAUGACACGGCAUCUAUAAUCUUGGGUGGAGCUCCUUACAAUUUUGGAUCCUCUAUGGUCGGUCUUAGCUACUUGGCGUGCUGUCUUGGCGUAGCAAUCGGAUCGAUCUUCACUGGACGGUUCAGCGAUUGGCUGACCAUCAAACUUGCCCGUCGCAACAACGGAGUCAUGGAAGCAGAACACCGCCUAUGGCCCUUUAUUGCGUGUCUACUCCUUGUGCCAGGAUCUCUUCUGCUCUGGGGAGUUGGUGCCGCUCACGACGUACACUGGUUCGGUCUUAUCGUGGCCAUGUGCCUGCUUGCAUUUACCAACACCUGUGGUAUCACUCUCAGUGUAAACUACAUGGUUGACAGCUAUCGCGAGUUGAGUGGAGUGGCGAUGGCUACUAUCAUUUUAGUGCGAAACACCAUGUCCUUUGCCAUCGGUUACGGUAUCACACCCUGGAUUGAUGACCUCGGGUACCAGAACUGCUUUGUGUCCGCUGCCUUUGUAGGCAUGGCAUGCGCAGCUGUAUUCCUGGUAAUGAUCAAGUAUGGAAAGAAUUUCCGGAUCCGCAGCCGCGAGCGAUACUGGAAGAUUGUACAGGAAAACUUCGACAAGGGAAUGGGACACUGA